AUGCGUUUCACUCAGUUCAUCAACACCCUUGCCAUCGGCUCCCUUGCCGGCAUCGUGGCCGCUGCCCCGCUGGGAACUCGGACCCUGGAGGUCACCGAGAGAGGAGAGUCUUUGGCCUCCCGUUCUACCAGCGCCGUGGUGACUGUCAGCGCCUUGGCCGUGAGCACCAUCAACAACGAGGAUGGCAAGAGCAGCGCCUCGAACUCUUACACUUUGUACACCGGAGACGGCUCGGUUGCUGCCGGAUGGCCCGCCAAGUCCGACUGGCUCUCCUUCGACGAGAUGUGGGCCGCCAACAAGGAAAUCAUCGCCAAGUCCUGCAGCAACAACGGCUGGGGCGCGGACAACUCCGAGACCGAGACCGCCAACCUCAAAGCCGCCAUCCAGCAGGUGGCUGAGGAGUCCAAGGUCGACCACCGUUUCAUCCUGGCCGUGGUUCUGCAGGAAUCCAAGGGCUGUGUCCGUGUCAAGACCACCGCCAACUCCGUGAGCAACCCGGGUCUCAUGCAGAGCUACGAGGGCACCGGCACCUGCUGGGAGAAGAGCACCUGCUCCGACGCCGAGAUUGUCCAGAUGAUCCGUGACGGAUCUAUCGGAACCGCCUACUCCGGUGGAUACGGACUUGCAUCCCUCAUCAACAUGGCCGACCGGACCACCGUCGCCGGCUUCUACCGUGCCGCCAGACUGUACAACUCUGGUGCCUACUCGCUCGAGAGCACCGACGACCUGGUCUCGACCAUCGGUGCUGCCACCUCCUGCUACGCCUCCGACAUUGCCAACCGUCUCACUGGUUGGACGACGGCUGCCACCAACUUCCCGACAUCUUUCUCUGUCAGUAUCGGCGAUCCGAUCCACUUCCACCCGACCGGCAAUCGCCGGCUACCGGAAUCCCAUACCUCAAGUUCAUACUUGAGACUCUCAAUGCAAAUUAUUCUUCCUUCAUCUAACAUGUGUACAGCAUCACACCAGCAGUCACCCAUACAAAAACCAACCACCAUGAAUCCAAACCACAAAGCCCCAAUCCCAAUUCCACAGAUACCAAACUCCCAACCAGAUCCCAGACUACUUCAUCCAGAGCGAUGGACAAGCAUACACCUAUGGAAAUGCGCGAUGUCAGAAUGUCUCGCAAGCAUGAUGUACACAUUCAUGUUAAAUUGGGUAACCAUCACCCCAUGCCCCUCAGACAAAGACAACAAUACCGCCGACUCUCUCAACAACCUCAACACCAUCCGCUUCCUCCCCGUUACUAUCAUAAACAUUCUCCUCCUCCCACUCAUCAUCACUACAUUCGCGCGCUCGACCGGCGGCCAUGUCACUCCAAUCAUCACUCUAUCUGCGUACUUCACCCGAGGUAUAUCACUCUCUCGGGCUAUUCUAUACCUUACCGGACAGACAGUCGGUGGUGUUCUGGCAGGUUGGGCCACGGAAAGGGCCUACGGUGGUAGGGGGGUUAUUGUGAGGGAGUGUUUUUUCAAUACAGAGAAAGUAUCUACACGUGAUACAUAUAUGGUUGAGACAUUCUCGUGUUUUGCUCUGAUAACACUCAUCACACGUUUCGCGAAUGAUCAGAAACCAGGGCGGAUGUUUCGGGGUUCUUUGUCGCCAUGGGUAGUGGGCAUUACCACGGAGGCUGUAUUCUGGGGAUCGAGACUCAUAUACCAGGGUUAUACUGGGGCGGGCAUGUCAUGGUAA